AUGCCCCCCACGGGGCUGGCACAGGGCUACGCCGGCUACGCUUGGGUGCAAGUCCCACUGAAUGCCCAGGGUCUUCCUACCAUGCCUAGCGUGCCGAUCGCAAGCGGAGCAGCAGAGCCAGCAGCGCCGACGGCAAAGGAAGAGACAUGGGAAGGGUCUUGGAAGAAGCAGACCCCAUGGAAGGGAGGCGAGUCGUGGAAGGGCGGAGAGUCCUGGAAGAAGGAUACCAACAAAGGUUGGAACAAGUGGGUGAACCCAAAUUGGAAGCCCAAAGACAAGCCCUAUCAAAAGAAAGACUGGGGUCACGGCUGGACUUCGAGUUCCUCUACCGAUAAGCGGCCUCCUCCGCCUCCCCCUCCGCCACCUCCGGAGGAGGAUCCCGACCGCCAGCAGGAUGAGAGUGCACGUUAUGAUAUCAAGGAAGCUACCGAAGAGGAAGAGCGUGCAGCAGCUGCCAAGAAAAGGCAACAAGAAGAGGAAUUGGCCGUUUUGGCUGCCGUCAAUGAUGACGACCGACCCAGGUCCGCGAGGGAGCUGGUCAGAGAAGGGAAGAUGCGGGAUUGGUGGAGCAUGAGUUGGAGAGACUGCAAAGAGUUGGUCAAUGGAGAGCUCCAUGAUCACUACCGCGCCCGCUUGGCCGAGAUGUUUGCGGCACAGGCACCCGAUGUCGUGCUCAACAGGUUUUCUGCCCUCUGUGCUUAUUUCAAGCAGUGCGACAUGCCGCUCGAGCAGGAUGGAGCGCUCGAGAUGACUAUCUUCAAAAUUCCAGGUCAGAAGAUAGCAUGCGUCCGGACCAAGAUUGAGGGUCCAAGACGCUGGCAGCUCGAGGUCCGGCGAGCACUUGAUGCUCAGUCCUCGGUUUGCGAUCUUGCGAGCCGUCUCGGCCUGAGCCUCCGCCUCGGAAUCAAGCACAAUGAGCUUCGAGCAGAGGACGUGCCCUCAGAGAGUGAUGAAGAACACGUGCCCACAGGGGCACUGGAGAACCAAGGGCAAAUCUUGGUCUCUGCUACCUUGCCUCAAGUUUUGAUGCCUUGGCAGCAAGGGGUCUUUCGAGACAUCUUCGAGGACCCACCGGCACUGCAAUGUGAGCGGCCAACUCCUCAGGUACUGUUGCCGUUAGCAGAGUCAGCUGCCACUCAGGCUCCUGACCUUGUGUUGCAGGAGUGCUCCGCAACCUCGCCCUCUCACCCUAAGGUGAGUGAAGUGUCAGGCCCUGAAAUCUUCUGCAAGGUCAUCCGACACAAGACUUCGGACCCGGAUUUUUCGGAGAGCGUGUCGGCCUUAUGGGCUAAAGCUAUUAAAAAAUGGCAGGUGCUCUUCGAGGCAUCCCCCUCAGCAACCCUCUGCAAGGAGUUCAGCAGCAUGACCCUUGAGGAGCGAAUGAGCUCCCUACGAGACGUUUUUGGUUCUAAGUCGCCACACACAGUGGAGAAGAGAGCCACGGCCCUGGUGAGAUUCUUCAAGUGGCUUCAGUCCGAAGCGUUCUUAGACGAGGAGACAGCCGAGGAGCCUCUGGCUCCGUCUGAGGCAUCUGUUUAUCGCUUCUGCCAGCACGUGUCAGCAGGGACCAAAGGAAGGUUGGCUGCUCAGGGAUUCGUGCAGGCCCUGACGUUUGUCAGGUUCGUGCUGGCUGUGCCGGCCAUGCAGCAGUGCCUGUCGCCGCGCGUACAGGGGCUGGCAGAUCGAAUGGCUGGAGAACACGACCCUGCUCAUCAGGCCAGGGACCUUACGGUUCUCGAGGUGCAGUUCUUGGAAGAACGUUUGGCUGAUGACGGCCUGCACAAGACUUUAUAUAUGCCGCUCGUGGCCUCGGUCCGUGGAGUACACCCCACAAUAGUGUGGGGCCUUGAGUGGAAGGACGUUGCUUCCAAGGUCGGCCGCCGUUUCGACGCCACUCCGCUGGGACCAUUGCUGCCAGCAGUGGACGCUGAGGGCAAGUGGUUGAAGCGUACUGCUGAGUACUUUAGCCUAUUCUAG